AUGUUAUAUUUUUCCGACAGCAAAAUCGGUGGUGAGAGUUCGAGAAAAGGAUAUGUAGUGAAUGAGGACAAACUCAGUGCAUUACCUGAUGAUUUACUUAUGCGGAUAUUAUCUCCACUUCGAACAGAAGAUGUGAUGUACACGAGUUUUUUGUCUAAACGUUGGAGAUAUCUUUGGAAGAUGGUACCAAACCUCAAGUUUGAUUCUUAUUACUCCUAUGCAUUUUCGGAGCAUGUGUACAGGUCUCUGGCUUUACAUAAAGCUCCCUUUCUCGAGCGUUUGCAUUUAAAAAUUAAACAUAAACGCGAUGCUGUCGAUGUUGGAAUAUGGCUUGGAGUUGCAUUUUCUCGUAACUUGCGUCAACUGGUCCUCAGCGUUUUUUUUAUGACGGACGACUUAAUCAGAUUCCCUGGUGUUUUGUGUAGCUGGAACAAUACACUUGAGUUCUUGAAACUCAAACAUUGCAUUCUUCUAAGCUUUCCUUCUAGGGUUUGCUUGAUGUCUCUUAGAAAACUGCACCUUCACUAUGUGAUGUUCAAAGACGAAGAAUCUGUUUGCAACCUUUUAUCUGGCUGCCCUAGACUUGAAGAUUUGGUCGUUUUUCGAGGAAGCUAUGUAGAUGUGAAAACUUUCACCAUUGAUGUGCCAUCAUUACAAAGACUAACCAUGGAAGAAGAUAACCCAGUGGAAAGAGAUGGUGGAGGUUAUGUGAUAAAUGCUCCUUCUUUGAAAUACUUAAACAUGUCAGGGUUCGUUGGCCGUGAGGUUCUACUGAUUGAGAAUUUACCAGAACUGGUAGAGGCAAAAAUCGUUGACAUCAAGUAUCCUACGACAGGUAGUAUCUUCUGUCAGCUGGUAUCACUGGAGAUAUGUACAUGUAAAAAAGAGUGGUGGAAUCUACUUGCACGCAUGCUGGAUAGUUCCCCUAAACUGCAAAUCCUCAAGCUGGUCCCUCCAUGUGAUUUAAGGGAUGAAGAUUGUCCUGUGAGUGGAGAUUGGAACCAGCCAAAAUGUGUACCAGAAUGUUUGUUGUUCCAUCUUGAAACAUUCGUGUGGAAAAGAUACAAAUGGCAACGAGAAGAUGAGAAAGAAGUGGCCACAUACAUUCUACAAAACGCAAGACAGUUGAAGAAAGCAACUUUGUCCACUAAACCCAUCAAAAGCUCGAGAAGUUGGGAAAGAGACGUGAGAUGCUCAACGAGUUGGCUGAUGUUGUCAGGGCUUCUUCAAAUUCAUGUCACCUCGUGUUCAACUUUGAGGGAUGAUCUCUUGAAAUUUUAUUAUGCUGUUUUGGCCAUUGGACAUGUGCAUUUCUAA